GGAGGAAGCAUAUAUUUAUCAAUACAAAUUGUAAAAAUAUCAAACACCGCCCGAUUUCGCUCUGGCACUUGGUUGGUGAGUUUCAUGGCAUUCGCUCAAGGAAUUAUUUCUGUAAAAAUCAAGUAAUAAACGACCAUGCCUGAGAAAACUCGGGCUGCGCUGGGAGGGUGUCAGCGGUUUGAGUGCCGGGUGAUCGGUUACCCCCGCCCGACCAUUCAGUGGUUCAAGGACGGACGGAACAUAACCAAAGACGACCGUUAUGAGUUUGAUUAUUCCAUCGAUGGGAUUAUUACCAUGGUGAUUUGUAACGUGACAGAGAAGGAUCAGGGAGUGUACUCGUGCAGGGCCGAGAACUCGGAGGGGUGGGCCGCUACGGCCGCCUUCCUCAACGUCAGAGUUGUAGACGAAAGGGUCGAACACGAACUCAUGUCAGUUCAUCAGAUGAAGUUCGAGAUCGGGGGACUUUAUGACAAAGAUGACGACGACCGAGUCCCAAUUGACGCCCAGAUCGAUUCCUUCAUCGAUCAAAUUACAGGCAAAGAUGGCCGUUUUUCUAUUUCCUCGGCCAUCGAAGGAAUGGAAAAUCAGAAAAAUGAAAAAGGAAGAGAUGGCCUCAACGAUGAGAUCAGUCAUGGCAGGAACAUCAUUUUAGCCAAAGUAGAUGCUCAGAAUAAUGAUAGUGGGAUUGGGCUGGACCUGUACAAAUUUCAAAUGUCGUCCACAGAGGAGGUUUCUGACGAAGCAGACGGACAGAAGCAAAUGAUGGCUGAUAGUGGACGGAAGGAGAUCGAGGAUGGUGAAUUUGUGGAUAAGGCAAAGGUUUACGGAGAGAAAGAACCACCGGCAACUGCACAGCCCAAGCGUCGAAUGUCGGAUCUCGAUGUUCAUUUGAAAAUGAUGAACGAUAAAUCCUCUCGAUUUUUUCAACCGAACCCAGAUGAAUAUCCAGAAUUUGAUGGUCCGGCAAAUGUUGACACGCAAAAUGCAGAGAAAGACAGCGUUCGUGUUCAUGGAGAUGCAAACUUAGACAACACUGAAGAAAACAAAGACGAUGAGCUGUCAUUGACUCAUGAUUCUCAAAUUGAAAGCAACAAAAAUGAUAAAAACGGAGACAAACCAAUGGUCGAAGUUGACAUAAAUAACUCGAGUGAUCUAGGUAUGUCAAUUUCAGCAACAGAUAAUGAAAAAGAACCCGGAAAUAAGCAAGAUACCAAGGACGAUACACCAAUGACAAAACAAGAUACAGCAGAGAAUCGGAAGUCUGACAAAGCUGGAGCCAAAGAGGGAAACUCAGAAGAUGUGGACCUACUUGACGACAUGCUGGAAUUUCUGAAGAACAACAGGAAAGGGUCGAGGCGAUCCAUGACCACUGACAGUGGGUUAGGUGAUGAUGAUUACAGAGAUAGUUCCCCUGAAUCUGAUUCUGAAAAUCACGAACAUCGUCGAAAAAGGUCGCAUGACAACAUAGACCACCAUUCAAAGGGGAAACCACCAAUUUUCAAUAAACCAUUGAACAAAAUGAGAAUACCGAAGAUACUGAUUGAAGAGAGUGACGAGGUGGAAGAACAAGAAGUGUUGAAUCCACAGGAAGUUAUCGAAUCUCAAACUGAGGCAGAACCAGUGGUGGUAAUCCCAGAAGUUCAAGAUUUACCCAAAUCCCAUGCCAAUGAAGUCGACGAAAUGGAAAAUCAAAAGGAAAACAUUGAACCGAUCCAAAGCUCUCCAGUUGAAAACGCCAUUAACGUUGAAGUAGAGGUUGAGCAAGGAAACAACAAUAUUGAAAAUAUGAUAUCUGCAAAUGUUGUAACAACAGAGGAGGUUCCAUGCUCCAAGACUGAUUUAGUUGAGGAAACGGAAGCCGAAGAAAAUGAGAAGAGAGAAAUUGAGAAACAGGAUCUUCAUGUACCUGUAAUUUUAGCUGAUCAAGAAUCUGAUAUAGAGACUACCAGUGAUAUUGGUAAUGUCUCCGAGCUGUAUGAGACUGCAAAUGAUACGGAAUACGAAAAAAGAUUGUCUGCGCAAGUGGAGUCUGAUCUUGGAGCAAGUAUGGAAAGCAUUACAAACAAGGAUGAUGAAGAAAGACUACAGAUCCUGGGUCGGAGGUAUGAACUCAACACUAGUAGUCGAGAAAGCAGUAUGCCUGUCAGUGACUAUGAUUUCCAAUGUCGCAAGGAUUCAGUACGGAGCGACAGACGAUCAACCCUUCGAAAGCAAUAUAUGUUGGUUGAUUCUGAUGAAGAUGAUGACACCCAUAGCCUUCGCCCUGUGCACGAUGAUGAUUAUUUUGCUAGCACAGAGUCUUUGGGAAUUGGCGUUUCCAGAGAAAGUUUGGACAAAACAUUUUCACAUCUGGAUCUUUUGUGCGGCGAAGUUAUUCCAGAAAAGGACGAAAAUAUUCUUUCAAGAAGUGGGUCUCGAGAUGAUGGUUGCGAUCCAAGUGAAAUUGACAAUGAAGGAUUAGUCAACCUCGAACAGAGUCAGCCAAAUCCUGGAAUUUUCACAGAAUGUUCAGACACGGCUAGUUCUGAGAGUCUUUCGUCCGAGGCCGAAGAUAUGGAUAGUAUUACAAUGCAAGCAAAAGAAAUUACACAAAAGAUGGAUAACCUCAGUCUUGCCUGGACAGAAGAAGAGAGCAUUGAUAACCAGAAAAUGGAAUACGAAAUUGAAAAAUUAAAGGACACAAAACCGGAAAUUCCAAACCAGAUUAUCCAUUCAGAAGCUAUUGGUAGGGUUCAAGCCAAACAGACAGAAGAAAGCUACGUAGAUGAAUGUAAAAGACCUCUUGAGUCGACCAAAGACGGCAUGUCCUCUCCUUAUUCUGAUAGAGCAAACAUUGUAGAAAUCGAUGAAGAGGAACUUUUACAGAAGGUGCAACGUUCCAACAAAAAAGAGUCCUUAACUAAGGAAAAUAUGUUGAAAGAAGAGGAAACUUAUCUUAAUCCGGUUGACGAUUUAUCUAAAAACCAAUUAAGAACGUCAGAAGAUAAUGAUAAAGACUCACCAUUCGUUCAGGCGAAAUUGAUGCAGCGGACCGAGAAAAUCUAUGAUGUAACAGAUGAGGAAUUCUCACGUAUGAGCACGGUUGGUGACGAAUCUUCCAGAUAUGUUGAUGAGGAAGAAAUGAUUGUACCCGAUAAACACGAGCCGAAACAGGCAUUGCCUGACGUUGCUAAUUUACCCAUGGAUAGAGACUUUAAACAACCAGCAGAUGAACUGAACAUAUUGACAAAUGUGGAAUUGGACGAUGUCAAAUACCCAACGCCAAUGGAAGACUUUUUGAUGUCAGACAGCAAAGUAAGCAGCAAGAAGAGAACUCGACCGGUAAUUUUGUCGGCUUCUUCUGACGUGUCCAUUAAAGAGGGACAAUGUUUGGUUUUAGAGUGGGAAAUCACAGGCAACCCCGAGCCAAAAGUCGAGCUUUAUAAGGACGGUAUCUUACCUCGGUUCUGUAAUGGUGAUGGUUUGUUUCACGACUCGGACUUUGUAACCUUGGAGGUUCUUCAUAGCUCGCCCAGUGACACGGGAUGUUACGAGCUACACUUGACGAACGAAUUGGGUACUGACGUCAGUUUAGUUAACGUUAUUGUUAAGGAGGACUCGCGUGAGAGUUCUGUCCUGUGGGAGCUUCCUGUUGAAAGAGCGAAUUCUCCUCCAACGUUCACAGUGAUCCCAAGUGACGUCAAAAUAAACGACGGACAAACCAUUGUGUUAAAAGCUAUUGUAGAUGGUUAUCCUAAACCUACCAUCCAGUGGUUAAAAGACGACGAAGACCUUCAGGAAAGUGCUACUUGUGACGUCAUAGAGGAGACAACCUACAGCUGUCUCGUCAUUCCUAAUCCUACAAUAGAGCAUGCAGGAGACUAUAUCUGUAGAGCAGUGAAUUCGGAGGGCAUUUGUGAAACAUUCUUUACUGUCAGCAUAGAAAAGAACGAUGAAGCAGAUGGCGCCAAACCAUUACUUCACGAACAGACGUCAUCAGUAAAGCAAACCUAUGAACAGCUGUCAGAGGGAACCCUGAUUCUCUCCCCCAAAGUGAGACUGGAGGUCACGGAGUCGGAGGAUUUUUUCUCCAAGAAAUUUGAAGUGUGCUCAAAGACAAUAGAUGCGUUGAAUGACGUAAUAUUAGAAAAAGGUGACGUAGUUGAUGUCUUGGACCGAACGAAAGGGUCUCAUUGGUUGGUACGGAAAGACCACGCCAAAGAUGAGGUGUGUUAUGUAAGCCCAGAGAACUUGAAGCCAUAUACAGAAACGGAGAAGGACAAUCGAAAAGGAACCAAUGUUCAUGUGGACAGUGAGAAAGUUGAGGACAAGAAAAGGAAAUUUGUUCAGGAUCUGCUGGACAGUGAGACAGACUAUGUGUGUGACCUGAGAGACUUGAUAGAGAACUACUUUGAUGUGGCUGAUGAUGAGUUUCCCGACAAAAAGAAAGGAAGAGAAAUAUUCAGAAAUGUGGAAUCACUUUACCAAUUCCAUCAUCGCCAUUUGCUUCCUGAAUUGGUGGCUUCCAAGAAUGAACCAGAGAAAGUGGCAGAGGUAUUCCUUAAAAAGAGGGAGAGUUUCUCUGAGUAUCUGCCCUACAUGGCUGGUAAGAAUAAAGCAGGUGAAAGCUUGGAGUCUGAGGAGCUCAAGAAAUUUCUACAGGAUUACAGUAAAAGUAUCGGGGAUGACGGUGAUACCCUGCAGGAGUUAUUGGACAGACCAGUGGACCGCAUACAUGAGUACAUGGAGCUACUGAAGAAUCUGAUAAAGUUCACCAGGGCUGGGGGUGGAGACUGCACACAGCUGAUGGAGGCGGUCAGUAUGCUGAGUGACAUCUGUCGGGAGGUGGAGAGUAUCAUGUUACUGGACAACAUGCAGGGCUGGGAGAACCCUGAGCCCUCAAACUCCGUCAUCUCACAUGAGACUGCCACAGUAUGGAACAGUGAAUCAGAGAUAGGAAAAGACUGCUAUGUUUUCCUGUUCCCAGAGAAGAUGGUAAUUGCCCACAGUGUAGAAGGGAAAGAAGGGACAAGACAAGAUGGCAUGCCUCAACUUAAAUUUGAGAAAGAGAUUUUAUUGCGGACUGUCGCCCUAUGCGAAGAUGACAUUGGGGGGAGCUUGGCAUUGUGGGAUGUGACGUUAGACGAUGACAAGGAAUCUCCUGGGUCAUUUUUGACGUUGGAAACCAGUUCUCCAUUCGCCAAACAAACACUUGUGAGAGACAUACAGGAGGCUCAAGAAAAACUAGGAGUUAAAGUACAGAAACCAAAAAAGAUGCCGGAGCACAGAAAAAUAGCCACCAAGACUCCCAAGGUCAAGUCUUCAGCCGUCAAGAGGACUGAGAACACAGACAAUGUAUCUCUGGCCAGCUCUGAUGAUUUCAAGAUAAUAGACACCAGUCAUGAUAUACAGCCUGAGUUUGAGGAUGGAACAACUCGACCAAUCUUCAAACGAAAGCUCAAGAAAACCGUUGUAUCAGAGAACUCCAUGGCCAGACUGGAGUGUCUAGUCGUUGGUAUUCCACAACCCAAGGUGUUAUGGCUGAAGAACAACCGUCCCCUGAAGAACACUGAUCAAUGCCGUGUUCUGUCAGAGGGGAACGUCCACGUACUGGAAUUCCCCCAAACAAAGAAAGAUGACACAGGUCUCUACACAGCUAGAGCCAUGAAUGUCAACGGAUCUACCAUCAGCUCCGCUGAGCUACUUGUCGGAAAUGCCCAGCCUUCCAGUUUAAAGAAGUACAAGGAAGGCUUGGCAGAGGAGGAGUUCCAGACUCCGGCCUACUUCUUCCAGAUGAACAGUUGUCAGGUGGAGGAAGGAAGACUGGCUCGUUUCGACUGCCGCGUGGUAGCUCACCCAAAACCAGAAAUCACCUGGAUGAAGGAUGGUAAGGUGGUAGAAUCCGGGAAGCGCUACAAACUCCUGAACUUCAACAAUGAGAUCUACUCCCUCCUGGUCCAGAAUGUGGAGAUGGGGGACACAGGGCGAUACACCUGCUGGGCUCACAACAAGUAUGGGGAGGCCAUGACAGAGGCCUACCUUAAUGUCAUUGCUCUUGAAGAACAGCUUGAAGACACAGACAUUGCUCCCAAAUUUUUGACAAAGUUUUAUGAUCAGACAAUCACGGACGGAUUGCCUGCAACCUUCCAGUGUAUGAUAGCUGGGAAACCCAUGCCUGUUGUCAGGUGGUUGUUGAAUGAAAUGGAGAUCAAGGCAUCUGAAAAUGUGAAGAUUCAGCAACAAGAGAAUAUCUGUACCCUCAGCAUUAAAGAAACUAAAGCAAAGAAUGCUGGGAAGUACAGCUGUCACCUGAAGAAUUCCCUGGGGGAGGCAGUGUGCUCCGCUGGACUCACAUUACUAGAUCAGACCAUCAAGGGAGUCCCAAUGCUGCCCAAGUUCUUAAAGAGAAUAGAUGAUGCCACUUCCACAGCAGGAAACCAGAUGGUAUAUGAAGUGGUGGUUGUUGGAGAACCUAAACCCAAAGUCAACUGGCUCUACAACCACAAACCCAUCUCUGAAACACACAGACGCUUCCAGAUGACCCAGGAGGCUGAUACCUUCAGGCUGACCUUGAAUGACCUUCGCAUAGAGGAUGAGGGCAAAAUUACAUGUAAGGCUGUGAACUCUGAGGGUGAGGUCUACUGCUCCAGUAACCUGAUCGUGAAGCGGGCUCCACUGGAAUUCAAGGAGGAUAAACCAAGCUUCAGACAGAAAGACUUUGAUGCCAAGUACGGCUGUCCACCCACUUUCAUGAAGAGAAUGGAGGACACAUACUCCCCAGAAGGAAAAAAUGCCAAGUUUGAGUGUAAAAUCAUGGGAAUUCCUGAACCAAAUGUCACAUGGUACAAGGAUAACAAGGCCCUGACCCCCGGCUCUCGCUACUGGAUUAACCGUGACGGUGGUCACUGCACUCUGACAAUUCGUGACGUUAUGGACAGUGACACGGGCCAGUACACCUGUAAAAUCAGUAACCCCGCCGGCGAAACCAGCUGUACAGCAGCCCUGGAACUACCAAGUUCAAAAUCAAAGAAGGACUCUUCUGUUGAUAGUGACUAUUCACCAUUUGCAAGAAGAUUUUCUCGGGAUUCUACAAAGUCAGAUCAUGAAGCUAUGCCGUCUCUGCCUUAUGACAAGCCGUCACUCACAGACAUCAGGGAGGAGUCUGUCAGGUUGUCAUGGUUACCGGCCUACACCUCAACCCUGCCACCUGAAGGCAGAAACGUUAAGUAUGUCAUCGAGGCUCGAGAACUGCCAGGAUUCGACUGGCACAAGGUGGCUACUGGUAUCCAUGGAAACACUCACAUGGUGAAGAAUCUGAAGCCCAGAGCUGAGUACGCCUUCAGAGUGUACGCUGAGAACCAGUUUGGUGUUAGUGACUCCACCCAACCAGCCAUGCUGGCAAGACCCAAACCAGUGGAAGAUGAAAUUGCUGAGAAAUUCCAUGUGAAACCACAUGAAUCUAGAGUGCCUCCCAAAUUACCCCAGUCAAAGCCCUUUGUGACAGAGAUGGGACAGGAAACAGUGCGGCUUGCCUGGAAACCUGCCAAUGCUCCAGUGGCGGCCAAGAAGGUGGCUCCCAUAACAUACCGCCUCGAGGCCCAGGAGCUGCCUGCUAAGGACUGGAUCCCCCUGGCCCACCGCAUCAGGGACACCAGCUACUACAUCCCAGAGCUUAAGUCUGACCGAGACUACAACUUCAGGGUGAGGGCCGAGAACAAGUAUGGCCAAAGCGAACCAACCGAGUCUCUGUGGGUCCCCAGAGCUACACAUUUCCAUGGAGUACCAAUCAGCAGACCAACCAUUGUUGACAUGGAACCAGAGACAGUGCGUGUGUCCUGGCAGAAGGUGAAUGUCCCAUCAUUCUCCACCACAGACAAUCCUCUGCUGUACAUGUUAGAGAUGCAGGAACCACCCAAGCGUGACUGGAGACCCGUGGCUAGAGACGUCCCUGACCUCAGCUACACAGUCAGAGGAUUGACCCCAGGGCAAGACUACAGAUUCAGGGUCAAGGCCAGAACUAUGGGAGGAGGUUAUGGAGAGCCUUCUCCUUCUACAUCACUCUACAGAACUCUGGCUACCACCAGAAUCCCAAUAGACAGGCUGGAAUUGGAGGACACAGAACCCGACUUUGAAGGAGUCCGCCUUGCCUGGAACAAAGUGGAGAUACCACCUUACCACUCGGAUGAAGAACCACUGCUGUACAUGGUGGAGAUGAGUGAGCCACCACUAGAUGAGUGGCGACCGGUGGUGACAGGUUUACCCACCACUCGGUACCGAGUCACUGACUUGCUGCCAGACAGAGACUAUCGCUUCAGAGUAAGGGCAGUAACUCCAUACGGAAUGACACCUCCCUCAUAUGCUCUGCCUGUCUCUUACAGAAGACCAUUGCCUGCUGCAAGCAGACCAUUAGCAAACAUGCCCCAGCUCCUGUAUGAUGACUCGGAUGCCCUGAGGCUGACAUGGAAACCCCCAGUGACAGACACCAAGCGCCCCCUGAGGUACCAGGUUCAAAUGCAGGCUCCCCAGAGCAUGGACUGGCGACCGCUGGCCACGGGAAUCACUGACAAUAGCUACAGGAUCCGAGGCCUGGGACCCAGCAGAGACUACAUGUUUAGGGUCAUUCCAGAAACCAGCCUGGGCCCUCUACAGCCCCUGCCUCCAGUGUCUCUCACUGCUCUACCAGCUCCUAGAACUAUUCUUCCCAGAAUGCCAGAUAUUGUUGAUCUGCAGGCUGAGUCUCUGAGGUUGUCAUGGCAGCGACCUUACAUUGACCCUACUGUGCCACUGACUUAUAGGAUUGACAUGCAAGAGCCACCUUCACGUGAAUGGAGACCUAUUGCUACUGGCGUACCAGACAACCAGUACCAUGUGACAGGCUUACGCCCAAACAGGGACUAUUUGUUCAGAGUUACUCCAAGUACUCCAACCUACAACUUGGAACCUCUGCCUUAUGUGACUCUGACUUCAAUGCCAGUACGACCAAGACUGUACUCACAAGAGCCAAAAGCAGUAGAGGUGGGUAAGGACUCCAUUCAGCUGUCCUGGAGACCGGCUGAGCUCCCACAGUUUGCUAGACACAAACUUCCAAUUCGCUACAUGGUGGAGAUGAAGACUCUUCCAAGCUCUCACUGGGAGCCAUUGGCAAGGAAUGUACAUGACACCUCGUACUUGGUGAAGGGUUUGCGAUCAGACAAGGAGUACCAGUUCCGCAUCAAAGCUCUGACAGAUUUCGGAAAUAGUGAGCCAUCACUUCCUGUAACUGUAUACAGAAAAUCAGUGCCUUUCUUCCCACGGUAUGAGCCAAUCCUGACCAACCUUAACCCAGACUCAGUGGUGCUAUCCUGGCAGCCCGCCACCCUGCCCAGUCACACCACUCACAUGCCAUCGGUCACCUACCGCAUAGAGAUCCAGGACCCACCAGAGAGAGGUCACUGGAGGACCUAUGCAUCCAACGUCCCCAAGACGAGUUACCAUGUGACCAAUCUAAGACCAGACAGGGACUACUUGUUUAGGAUUCGGGCCGAGGCAGACAACAUUAUGACAGAGCCAUCUAUGCCUGUCUAUCUGCAAAGAAGGGCUUGUCCCCCAAGGAUGCCCCACGAGGAGCCCUAUGUGUUUGAACUGAGACCAGACUCCCUGAAAUUGCAAUGGCGUUCAGUAGAGCUGCCGUCAAGGAUCACUGACUAUUCUCCUGUCACCUACCGCCUGGAGAUCCAGGAACUGCCUCGCUCCGAUUGGAUGACACUGGCCAAGGGAAUACCCCACACCGACUUUAAUGUCACCAAUCUGAACCCAGACAAAGACUACUGUUUCAGGGUCAGAGCAGAGAAUGACAUGGGCAUCAGUGAUCCAACACCAGUUGUUGUGGUCAAGAAACGAGCUGUUGCUCCUACAUUGCCUCAAGAGGAGCCCUUAAUUUAUGACAUUGGACCCUCUGGUUCUUUCUGGUUGUCAUGGCGACCUGCUGACUUCCCAUUGUACAUGUCAGAAAGCAGUCCUGUUACAUACACUAUCUACGUCCAGGAACCACCUAGCACCACCUGGAGACCGCUGGUCCGCAGGAUACCACAUCCAUUCUACCAGGUCACCAAUCUCAGAAACGAUAAGGACUACAGUUUCCGCAUCCAAGCAGAAAAUGAGUUUGGUCUCAGCAGGCCCACCCUCCCUGUCAAAAUGCUGGGAGUCAAAAGUUGGAAGGCACCAGUUGACAUCCCAGAGAUCACAGACAUUGAUGACACCAGUCGCUCUCUCCGCUUAAAAUGGCAAACAAAAUCGAUGUCUCCAUUCAACAAAGGCCCUGUCACGUACCAGAUCGAGCGCUGGGAGCCUAGCCAGAGGCACUGGACUCGAGUUGCCAGUGGAGUCAGAGACACAAACUAUCAGCUCACUGGACUGCCAUUUGACCAGGAUCAUUUGUUCAGGAUUCGUGCAGAGGCAGAGAAAGUACUUAGUGAACCGACUUAUCCCAUAUCAUUCAACAGGUUCAGAUUACCAUCUCGAUUCCCAGUGGCUCGUCCACAGUUGUAUGAUGUGGAACCUGAUGCAGUGAGGUUAUCUUGGUUACCACUGCCAAGAGGAAAUGUGGAGGAUCCACUUAUUUUGCCACGCAGAUACCGUCUGGAGUUGCGUGAACUUCCGGCACAUGACUGGCGACCAGUGGCACAUGACAUACCAGACACUAAUUACCGCAUCACGGGACUCAAACCCCGACAGGACUACGAGUUCCGAGUCCGAGGGGUAUAUGAUGAGGGCCCAGGAGACUACACAAAGGCCAUCUCUCUGUACAGGAGGCCAGUAUUGCCCAAAACACCAAUAAGCUCACCAAGACUUGUGGAUGUGAAAGAUGACUAUGUUGAGUUAAAAUGGAAAAUGGUAGAUGUGCCAGCCUAUGGUUAUGAUGAAGAACCACUGGCCUUCCUGAUCGAGGCCCAGACUCCACCACGUUAUGACUGGCAACCAGUGGCCAGAAAUGUCAGAGGCACCUCGUACCGCAUCUCCAACCUGCAACGCCACCAAGAUUAUUUGUUCCGUGUGCGUGCUGAGUAUCCAUCGGGAUUAUCCUCGCCGUCGCCCUACAUCCCAGUGUACCGUAAACCAAAAUUCCUGUGGCUUAAGGUUUUACAAAGCAGGGUUCGCCCAGGUGUACCUAUUGCUCGACCUGAGAUCUGGGAGGAGGAACCUUACCAAGCUCGCCUACGCUGGCGCCGAGUCUUUAUCCCCCCGUACGAUAACCUGGACGUCCCCCUGACCUACCAGAUAGAGGUUCAGGAACCCCCACUCAAGAACUGGCGAACCUUGGUCAAGGGACUGACCAUGACUGAGCACACCGUCACGGACCUCACACCUAAAAAGGACUACUUGUUCCGAAUCCGAGCUGAGGACCAGAAUGGAGAUCUGACUGAGCCCACUCCCCCCAUUGCCUACUACAGGUCUAGAUUGCCUAUGACGAGAGAACCUUCUAAAGCGUAUGAAUACAAAGUGUUUGAACAGGACUACAGUGUUCCCUCCCGAUCCUACAUCGACCACCUCACCACCUACAUUCCUCCUCGUUUGCCCAUUGAGAAGCCCGAGUUAUACACCAUCAGUCCAGAGAGUGUCACCCUGACCUGGAAGCGGGCACGAGUCCCCGACAAGAUCCGAGACACCUGUAAUCUUACCUACACUGUUGAGGUGAGGAACCCUCCAAAUCUGGACUGGCGUGAACUGGUCACUAGCCUUACCAGCACCAACACAGACAUCAAGGGUCUCCACCCCCGACUGGAUUAUCUGUUUAGGAUCCGUGCCUGGAAUGAGUACGGCUGCAGUGAGCCGAGUCUUCCCGUCUCUCUACACAGGCCCAUUGAGCUGUCUGAUGACUACGACUCGGGAGAAGACUGGGAUGAACAGUACAGGGUCACAUUGGGAGAUCUAGACACACCCAUUGAUGAAGCUCCACCCAAGUUGCCAAUGGAAACACCAAGAAUCAGGGACAGUGGAGAAACAGCCAUGCUGUCAUGGUUUCCAGCUAGAAUCCCAGCCUAUGCCAAGAAAACUCCUAUUACUUAUAUCAUAGAAAUCAAGGAGCCCCAUGUCCCAGGCUGGUCCCGGCUGACCAGUGGAAUUAGUGACACCAACUACAUGAUUGAAGGUUUACGACCCACCCAAGAUUACCAGUUUAGGGUCAAGGCCGAAACUCAGUAUGGGGUCAGUGACCCAACUCUGCCUGCAUCCUUAGACAGACCCAAAGAGAUAGGGAAAAAAUCAGAGUUCCUAGCAGACCCAGGGUAUUAUGAAAUCUUUAAACGUGACUGGGAUAGCCACACAGAUAAAAACAAGAGGUCCAGUGUUGACCUAUUGAGGGAGGACAUAGAUCUCCCCAUCAAAAGGGAGCCCCAGAGUCCUGGAGUGCCCCCUAGGAUCCCCUCCUCACGACCCUUGAUCAGCCACCAGUACCCAGACAGACUGACCCUGUCCUGGAUGCCAGCCAGAGUUCCCUCCUACGUCAAGAGCCAGAAGCUGACCUACAUUGUGGAGGUGAGGGAACCCCCCAGCACCCUCUGGAGGAGUCUGACAGACAAUCUCAGGGACACCGAGUACGAUGUCACCGACCUGAACCCUGAGCAGGAUUACCUGUUCCGAGUGCGAGCCAAGAAUGAGUAUGGUUUGAGUGAGCCUACCAUGCCUGUCUCAGUCAUCAGAGAGAGAGAUGAAUACGUGCCCCACAGCUACAGUCGCUCUGGGUCCUUCGACAGUGGGAGUCCUUGGGUCAGGUCAAGGGCGUCCUCUGUAGAAAGUCUCCGCAAACAAAAGUCAUUUGACUUUACAGAUGAUGAAUCGGACAUCUUCAUCAACAGGGAGAAGAAAGCUUGCCCUCCUGAGUUUAAAGCCACAAAUGAGGAUGUGCAUUAUGGAGUGGAGGGAUCUUCCUGUAAAGUUAUUUUAGGGGUUAAAGGAUACCCCUUGCCCAGUACAUCUUGGUUUUUUAUGGGCACAGAAGUUGACUAUGGAAAUAGUUUUAAAGCCAAUGUCUCUCCUAGUGGUAAUGCCACACUAGAGAUCAUAAAACUGACCAAGGAUCUUGUAGGAGAAUACAAGUGUACUGCAGAGAAUGAACAUGGAACAGCAACCAAGGUUGUCAGACUUCAGCUUGCAGACCAACCCACUGUCCUUGACCCAAUUUCGGACCUGACCUUGGACAGUCAUAAGUCUGGGAAGCUGGUCUGUCGUGUGGAUGGCUUCCCCUACCCCACGGUCAAGUUCCUGAAAGAUUCCCGGCCCCUGGCUGGGUCUUCUCGCCUGAGGGUAGAUUUUGAGCCCCCAGACACAUGGACCUUGACCUUAGACAAGGCCAUCACCACAGACUCGGGGGUAUACACCUGUGUAGCUGAGAAUAUGGCAGGGAAGGCCACCUGCUCCGCUAAAGUCACCAUUGAAGAAAAUGAGGAUGACUUAGAUAGAGACCUGAUGGCUAAGCCCCUCCCCUACAGAGAGGCCUUCAUGGAGGAUUAUUACUAUGUUCUGGAGGAGAUAGGAAGAGGCAGACAUGGAAUUGUGCGUCGAGUCCUUGACAAAUUCACAGGAAGCCAGUAUGCUGCUAAGUUUAUCCAUGUGUGUGAUGAGCACCAGAGGCGCUUCUUUAGGACCGAGCUGAACAUACUGCGUUGGUUGAACCAGAUGGGGGUCCCUAAGGUGGUGGAUGCCUUUGUUACAGAGCGAAGAAUUGUCAUCAUCACAGAAAUUGUGACUGAUUAUGACAUCAUAGACAGUUUGCUUCAGAGCCCCACCCCCACAGAGAGUAUGGUGGCCGCCCACAUAAAACAGCUCCUCCUGGUCAUCAAGGAACUCCACAAGGCUGCUGUACUGCACCUAGAUAUCAAGCCGUCCAACAUUCGUUUCGGUACAAAUAAUGACCUGACCCUGAUUGACUUUGGAUUCUCAGAGAGAAUUCAGCGUAAUAAGGAAGUCCGGAAGAAUUAUGGAACCCCUGGAUUCUGUUCCCCGGAGCAGGUUCACAAUGAGCCUGUGUCUGAGGCCUCGGAUGUGUGGUCCAUUGGGGCAACCGUUUACACACUUUUGACAGGAUUGUCUCCCUUUGGUGGAUCAACUGAGCAGGAGGUCCUACAGAGCACUAUACAGUACAGGUGGCAGGAAGUGGACGGACUGUCUCCAGACGCCACGGACUUCCUCUCCAAAAUACUGAUUCGAAACCAGAAGGAGAGGAUGACUGUGGAUGGAUGUUUAUCUCACCCUUGGAUAAAGAACAGCGAGUCCCAAGGAGGGGUCAUUAACAAAGAAGGGCUGUCAGAAUUCCAGGCUCAGUACAAACUAAAGAGUAGAUCUGCAGCCACCAGGGGUCCAGUCCUACUCCAGUCCCUGCUGUCUGUACUGGAGGGCAGACAGGAGACUGGGAUCAGAUUGGGCAAGGACUCAGCCACCGGAGAGUUGUCUUUCCCAGAUUCUGGUCUGUAUGGAGAGUAUCUGGAUCAGGAGUCCUGGUUUGACUGGCAGUCCAGGUACUACUAUGGGCUUGAUGCCGACGAGUCAGAGACAGAGUCGGUAUGUGAGGACCCAGUCCUGAAGAAGGAGAGGGAGUGGCUACAAAUGGCAGAAGAUCAGAAACAACAAUUACAGAGACCCCAGGACUUCUUCCCCAAGGAGGAGGAGGAAGAGGACAACCCCCAAUUCACCAUCAAGUUACAUGACACGUACUACAAGCCGGGAGAUAAGAUCGCCCUGUCAUGUCAUGUGACCGGUUCCUCCAACGUCAGUGUGUCCUGGUUCCAGAACGAGGAGCUGAUCUCCGAUGGAAAGCGAAUGAAGACCACACUUAGUGAGGAUGGAAUUGCUUCCCUUGUCAUCUCCUCAGCCAAGGCAUAUGAUGAUGGUAUAUACAAAUGCACUGCCAGGAACAAGACAGGGAAAUCUUCAACAUAUGCCAGAGUAAUGGUUGGAGAAACGCCCUCACAGCCUGGUCGUCCAGUCAUUUCACAGGUUUCAUCAUGUGAUGUACUGUUGCUUUGGGAACCACCAGAGAAUGAUGGGAACUCUGACAUCAUUAACUACAGAGUAGACUACAGACAAUCUGGAUCAGAUUGCUGGUGCUUGGGAACCUUCUCCAUUAACGAAUGUGCUUUGGUGACAGGGCUAACCCCCGAUACAUCCUACCGCUUCAGAGUCUGCUGUCUGAAUAAACUGGGGAACAGUCCAUACAGUGUGUCCUCUGUCCUCAUCACCACCAAACCAAAGGGUUCAGCAGACAUCAGCUUAGAUCCGUUUACAAUUUCCCAGUUGUCAAAGCAACAUGAAGGGCUUUCCUUUUAUCAGCCUCCUAAGAAUAUUGUGUCCCCAGAGGAUGUCAGGUCAAGGGAAAUAACUCUACAGACUUCCAAUGUGGAGGAGUUCUACAGUUUUUCGAACAUCUUGUGGAGAGGAAAAUUCUCAUCAUAUGUGAGAUCAACAGACAAAACAAACAAGAAUAAUUAUAUUACAAAAAUUACACCAUGCUCAGAUUCUAACAAGGACAGUCUAACACGGGAACUUGAAUUUCUGCGUACAAUGAACCACGAGAGAUUUGUCCGUCUGUAUGGUGCCUACUUCUAUCUGGACCAAUAUUACUGGAUUCUGGAAUACCUCUCUGGGGUCAAUGUUGUGGAACAUUUCUCAUACAAAUCCAAAUACACAGAAGACAUGGUUGCCACAGUGAUUCGGCAAGUUUUGGAUGGCUUACAAUUUCUACAUUACCAUGGCUACGCUCACUUAAAUAUUCAGCCCAGCAGUAUUAUGAUGGUCAAUAGGCGGCGACUGGAUGUCAGAAUUGUCGACUUUGGCCUUGUGCAGAAGGUCAUCAAGGAAGGUCAGAUUGUUCCCCGAGAUGGAAAUCCCGAGUUUAUGGCCCCAGAAGUGGUUGUCAAGGAGACGACCUCUUACCCUGCUGACAUCUGGUCUGUUGGAGUCUUGGCAUUCUUGCUACUGAGUGGGGAAUCGCCUUUCAAGGGUCAAGAUGAGGAGACAACUUUUGCAAACAUUGCCUAUAACAGAUACAAUGCCCUGAGUCUGUAUGAGAACAUCACAAAAGAAGCUCUGAAGUUCAUCUUUAGGGUUCUUAAACGAGUUGCCAGAAACCGCAUGACAGCUGACGAGUGUUUGGAAGACAAAUGGUUGCAGACAUCAGAGACGAUGCUCAAAUUCAGAACAGAGGCUGUGUUCCCAACAGUGAAGCUCCGUAACUAUGUGACUGAGUCCUUCCUGGAAUCCCUCAAAGUCAGUGAAGUCCAGCUGUCGAGACUGAGAGAGAAGUUUCUCAUAACCCAGGAAGCCAAAGUGGAGCAGACACUACCAAAAGCUAAGUCAGAAGGAGAAAAGGAGAAGCCAGAAGAACAGGCAGACAAGCCAGCAUUAUCGAAGGAAGAGGUCAGAGAGGCAGACGUAACAGAGGAGACGUCUAACAACAUUGCCAACGAAGCUAUAGAUGAAGCGCUCUCAUCAGAGAAUGUGUCAUAAAUUAACAUGGUGUUAAAAACAACAAAAUUGGCUUACAUAUUAUUCCUCUGUUAAUAAAAGGAGAAUGCAGAAACCAUUCUAUCGAACAAUUCAAAAAUAACAAUGGUUAAGGAGUCGUUGAUGCUGUAUUCGUUAGAUAUUCCUUAUUUAUUGCUUAAUUAUUCAAUUUUUGAUAUUUAUUUAUUAGACUUUGUUUGUGACAUUGCUGUUUGCUGCAAUUUUUUUGUGAUAUGCUUUUAGGAUUUUAAACAAAUGUAUUUUUGAUUGAUUUUCUUUUAUAUAAAAGAGAAAAUAUUUGAAUGAUAUAACAUACAAUAGUUCAAUAUCAUGUUAGAAGUAUUUAUUGUUAUUUAUUACUCAUAUAAUGCCUAUUUUUCUAUAGAAACUGCCCUGAAUUGUGCCUUUGACAGUUGUGUGUUACAAUAUAAAAGAUAUUGAAAUUUGAACACUUUAUAGAAUUGAGAGCAUUAUAAUUUCCUAAUGUUCACUCAAUACAAAUCUGUGCAUACCCAUGUUGUUAAAUACUUUAUAAACAAUAGAUCAUUGUUUCAAUGAUAUUCAAGGUACUGGUUUUUUUAAUGCUUUGACAUGAAAUGUGACCCCACAGGUUGGAGUGAUGUGAUAUAUUAUACCAGAUUUCAGAUGUAAUAGAUUACUUUAUGUUUCUCAUCAAUAGUCUAUUUUGUUCUUGUUAGAUGAAGUGCAAUAAAUUUGGGUUUUGUUA